GUUUAUACCAUGUAAAACAAUCAUUUUGACUUUUUAUUUGCUUUAUCAAUUGAAACAGCAAUGUCUUGCUUUAAGUAUAAAAUAACUUUCGUUAUUUUGAAAGUAUUCAGUGUCGCAGCGCACUACGAAACGAUAUAUAUUGAAGAUCUAUGCAGUUCAGAAGGCAUGAAUGUGUUAAACUUAGGGUCUGAUAGUUCUAAUUCCUCUGGGAUUCUCAAAACCUCACGAAACAGCAACUUUUUGUCUAACAAAAACUGUUCGAUAUUUCUUCAACCACCUCUGGGUUACGGUGUGAUCCUCAGUGUAAGACGCCUCGAUUUUAGACCAUAUUACCAACCAACAUGCGAAAAUUACAUUCGAGUUCAUGAAAAUAACCAUGAGUUCACGCUCUGUGGCUAUAGUGAUGAUGUUACUGAAUAUCAAUCCUAUACCAGUGAUAAUGGUGCACUUCAGCUAGAAUUCUUUACAGAAGAAGGAACGGAUGAAGGCUUUUAUUCGGAUGUCACUUUUACUAUAACAUCAUACAUAUCUGUAAACUACAACUGUGACAACAAAAAAUUGUUCCAAUGUUUGGCUAAACGUUGUAUUUGGAAAGGUUUGAUUUGCGAUGGCCAUAAUAACUGCGGGGAUCAAAGUGACGAUUCAAGGCGAUACGCGAGUUGUGGUAAACUCUCAUCAGGUGCUAUAGCAGGAAUAACUGUUGGUUCAGUGAUCUUUUUCUUAUUGCUAAUAAUCGUACCAUUCGCCUGCUUUAAAUUUGGAGCAAAGUAUAGAACUGAAGCGAUACCUGUAACAUAAAAUUAUCAAGAACGUUACCAUAAAUACAAAAAUGGUUGAUAAAAAUUUAUUUUAAUGAACUUCAAAACCAUCGAAAUUUCAAAAAUCAUUUUUUUACACAAUCGGCAAGAGACGAAGCCAGUAUAAUACAUCCAUAAGUCGCAGGUUGUAUGGCAAUUGGAAAACUCGAAUCAUUUUAAAUAAUGGGAAAAUAAUUUCUGAAUUAAAGAAAAGCCAUGAAAAAGCUUUUGCGGAGUUUCGAACGACUACCUUCACCAUAUUGGUAUUUUUGUAAGUUUAAACUGCCCACUCUGUGGGAAAGACGAAGUCAUGGACAAGAACCAUUUUGGUGAAAUGAUCGGUGCUGUGCGGGGACUCCGAGGUGAAAAGGAAUUGAAGUAUCAGACAUCUGCUGAUAUGAUAUUGACUUUUUUCUCUUGCUGUAUUUUAAUUCAAGUUCCUUGUUUGUAAGAGUUGUCAUCUUCUUAUGUCAUUUGAAAUUAAA